CCCCCCCCCCGGCGGAAAAUCAAAGGAAAAGGUAUGCGACGACAGCCUAGUCGCUGUCUAUCUUAGCGCGCCGCACGCUUUCCUCGAGAUGUGGUACAUUUUCCUGGUGGUUGGCCAGCGCUGCGCCGGGUGUUGUGGAUCGGGCCGUCUUUCGUUCCUGCAGCAUACAGAAUUCCCUGAUAUGAUAUGAUAUGAUAUGGACCAGUUUACGAGGAUAUUGUACAUUGACCAACCAAGUCUAUCGCUUUGUUUACCCUACGGGAGGUCUGGAUGUGUAUUAAUAGGAAUACCGGAGCUAUCGUUGUGGAGUCACUUACCGAUGAAAUAUGUAAACACCUGCGCGGGGCAUGGCGUGCCCGGAGUGCUGAAGUAGUAUGUAUCUAACCGUCAUGACCUAUGAAACAGUGGUGGUUGAAAAACUCCUGUCUGGGUCCACUGAGCUGAGGCGAGAAAUUUGGGUGGAGAUAACUUUUUUAAGUUUUCUGGGAACUGCGCCGUACUUCUGGUGUUCAGUUCAUACCGGCGUAAUAUUUGUCGAAGCUCCCCGCACUAAAGAACCCCACCAUCAUUCUUUCUCAAUUCUCCGGACACAGAACCACGAGAAGCAACCGCCAUUGAUCAGAAGCUGCUUGCGUGGGAAGAUAACCUACACGCAUUAUUUGUUCUUGAGAUGUGCAUUUGCUGAUUCGCUUUCGCUUGCAAGGACGCCAGCCUGCGAGCAGAGAACAACGCACCCAUCUGAUUCUUUCUUUCUUUCUUUGGUUUUUUUUUUU